CAUCUGCUGGUCGUGACUUAUACUUUUGUUGGUUCGUUCGGGCAUGCUUGCUUGCACUUGAAGACCGGUGGCGGAUCGUGUUUUAGAUGGUUGCUUUUUUGGUGUAGAACUUUUACUUAAUCUGCGUGCUUUCAUCUGUCUUUGCCCUGCUGAAAUCUCUUCCAAUCUUUAUACAAGCCAUUUGAGAAACGGAGUACCUUCACUGUCAAUCUCGACUGUGGUCCAUCUCCCGCCAGUACCACUUUGGAUAUGACGACGAACUUCAAUUCCUCGGACAUUCCACGGUCCGGGGAUAUUGAACACACCUCGUCUCCGAAUGACUUGAGCAGUACGACAACCCCGGCAUGGGGUGAGAAACAGACUGUAGACGCCGUACAGCCAUCUCUCGAGGCCAGAAACGAUGAAUGCACGUUGUUUCGGAAUGGUACAGAGAAACAGCCACAUCUAAGGACACAGGCCAACGAUAGCCUUCAACAAGGUGCACCGACGACCCUUGAAGGCGGUUUGUACAGGCCUUCGUCUGGCGAAUUCCCCUCGGAUGAUUCAGCGCGCAGCGUCCCUGUGACAGUCGGGACGACCGAUGCUGAUGGCAACACCUAUCCUGAGGGAGGAUUAGAAGCGUGGUUGGUCGUCUUUGGGAGCUUUAUGGGCCUUGUUGGCUCUCUUGGUCUGGUGAACACCAUCGGAACCUUUGAGGCGUACAUCGAGAGCCAUCAGCUGAAGGACUACAGCUCCGGCAGCAUCGGGUGGAUUUUUGGCGUCUACGCCUUCCUAACCUUCUUCUGCGGCAUCCAGAUCGGCCCUAUCUUCGAUGCCAAAGGACCCCGGUUUCUUGUCUGUGCCGGCGCUGUGCUCAUCAUGGCGAUGAUGAUCGCCUUGGGUUUCUGCACGCAGUACUGGCAUUUCAUGUUAGUGAUCGGUGUCGCUGGGGGAGUCGGAGCUUCGUUGCUAUUCACGCCAGCCAUCUCGGCGAUCGGUCACUUCUUCAACGAGAAACGCGGAAUCGCCACGGGAAUCGCCGCAACGGGUGGUUCCGUGGGCGGCGUCAUCUUCCCACUGGCAUUGGAAGCUCUAUUUCCAAAGAUAGGAUGGGCAUGGGCCACUCGAGUGAUUGCUCUCAUUUGCCUCAUCACGUUGCUGGCAGCUUGCCUACUCAUCAAAUCCCGGUUGCCUAAGAAGCCAGCUUCGAAGGAGAAUGUCCUUCCUGAUUUCAGUAUCUUCCGGGACCCCGUAUUUACGCUCACGACCCUCGGCAUUUUCUUCAUCGAGUGGGGGCUUUUUGUUCCCCUCAGCUUUAUCUCCUCCUACGCGCUGGACAAUGGUGUCUCUACGACGCUGUCGUACCAGAUGCUUGCAAUUCUGAACGCUGGUUCGUUCUUCGGACGAGGUAUCCCUGGCUUCGUUGCUGACUACCUGGGCCGCUUUAAUACACUGAUCGUCACCGUUGCUUUGUGCCUUGUUUGCAAUGCAUGUUUGUGGCUUCCGGCGAGCGAUAGUGUUCCGGUCAUGAUUGUAUAUUGCGUUAUUUUCGGCUUUGCAAGCGGCAGCAACAUCAGUCUUACUCCCGUCUGUAUCUCUCAGCUCUGCAAAAUCGAGAACUACGGCAGGUACUAUGCCACAGCCUACACAAUUGUCAGUUUCGGAACCCUCACUGGUAUGCCCAUUGCUGGUGAGAUCCUUACCCGGUGCAAUGGAAAGUAUUGGGGUCUUAUCACCUUCACAAUCUGUUGCUACGCCGUUGGUCUCGUCUGCGUUACUGCAGCCAAACUAGUCCGUGUCGGCUGGCGCCAGGCCUUCGUGAUUUACUAG